AGUUACUAUGCGAACUCAUUUUAUAAAGAUCUAAGUGAUGGUAGUACAGAUUUUUAUGAAAACCGGUAGUACAGUUAAAAAUAUACUCCAAUGUUGGUUUAAUAAUAGUCUCUCUUCCAUCUUACCUCUAGUCUUCAAUUCUGAUUUCUGAGAUUAACUUCCUAAUACUCUCCCGUCUUCCCUCUACCUCACCUCAUAUGCUUCUCUCUCUACUCUCCGUCAGAGAUCUGUGCCGCCGCCGCUGCACCACCCGACGACCACCUUCUUCCCUUCGUCGUUUUCAUCAAAUUCCAAACCCCUAACCCCUAACCCCUAAUUUCAAAAUUGCCUAGCGAGCACCUUCCUCUCUUCAUCAGCUGCACUUCUGUACAAAGACAGAGCGGCUUCUCAAGUUGCCGCUUACGAGGCAUCGGUUGUUUGACGAUUGCUCUCCUCCAAUUUCAUGGAUCCAGACCCACCUUCGCCCUCUCCAAGAAAGGUUAAGUUUCGUCCAAAAGCACCACCCCCUCGAAGAACCCGGCGACACACUACCACUGAAAUUGAGGAGGAUAGUGGCGAUGAUAGCGAAGCGCAACAAUUCCUUUCACGCAGACUUUCCGAGCAUCUAGCAAGGCGGGGAGCAAAAGUGGAGAAGAAAUCUCCAGCGCAAGUUGCCUUUUCACAUGGAGUUGCAUCUAGUACCAUAAGGAGCUUUGGCAGACAAAGGCAAAGGACUGAUGAUGGAAGCGAGAGGACUAAUGAUGGAAGUUCUGCGGCCUACUCAGAAGCGUCUACAACUGGUGAAAUGCAAGACCAUUUUACUUCUAUACCAACUGCAGAAACACAAGGAGUUGCAGACAAUACUGUUGAUUUAACUGAUGCUGCAAUCGUGAAGAAGAAAAAAGAAUAUCGAGAGCCUUGGGAUUAUCAUCAUAGUUACUAUCCUAUUACCCUACCUCUCAGGAGACCUCAUUCGGGAAACCCAGAAGUACUUGAUAAAGCCGAAUUUGAGGGAGCUCUGGAGUAUGAUGAAAACACUCUUAAAUCUGCCGAAGUUCUUGGUUUGCUGGACCAAGAUGAUACACCUAAGAUGCUUCUUUUCGUGUUUCCUUCCAAUCUUCCCGUAGGCAGACGACCAACAAACGCCAGCAGGAGAGAAACUGAUGAUAACAUGAAAGCGGUAGAAAACUCAAGGAAAAAUGGGAAAGGGAAUGAGAAAGUAAUGGUUGGCAGUGUUGCAAAAUCUUCAGGCAACUCUAAUGGCAUAAAGGGAAAAGAAAUAGCUGGAAGCUCCAUAAUGAGUGGAUAUCCCUUGAAAAAGGACACCCAUUUGGAGGAGUUGCCUGAAGGAUACAUGGGCAAGAUGUUUGUAUACCGAAGUGGUGCUGUUAAGUUGAAGUUAGGAGAUAUCAUGUAUGAUGUUUCUCCGGGUUCUGACAGCUCGUUCCCUCAAAAAGUUAUGGCAAUCAACACAACGGAUAAACAGUGCUGUGAAUUAGGAGACGUGAACAAGAGGGCCGUUGUGACUCCCGACAUCGACUCCCUGUUAAAUAACCAGAUGGAUUGAUUUGGGUUAUCAGUGUUAUAUACUCAGGCAACUAAUUGAAAAUCCAAGUAGCUAACUUGCAUUCAUGAUUGCAUGUCCUAGACAUACAGUUUCACAGGCGUAGUUUUAAUUUGUACAAAUGUGUAGCUUGACGCAAAUAUAUGUUGUAUUUGUAUUCAUUUUGUAGGAGGCUGGAGUUGUUGUAUUUGUAUACAUUUUGUAGGAGGCUGGAGUUAUCACUAUUCGUAAUUACCUCUUCUGCACAA